CGUAAAUGCAGUGCACGGCAAGCCGCUGCUGUGGUCACAGCUCUCGAGAUCGCGUUAAAUCUCACCGAUACUUCUCGUCUUGGUUUACAUGGCCUGUUUUCAACAAUACCAACGCUAAAUGAAACUUCACACUAAUCGAGUUCAAAUUUCCCUUAACAUACUCUUUUUUCGAUUACUAUAUUUUUACUGAUGAUGCCAUAACUCCAAAACUUUUGUUGUGGUUCAUCUGCUGUCUUGUACACAAAUUAAUGAUUUACUUCUGUGGACUUCACGUUCUUUUUUCUUUACUGCGCGAAAUGACAGUCGACAUGGCCGAGAUCGGUUUGACGGAAGUCGGACUCCUACGAACAGACAGUUCACAAUCAGUGAACGACGACCAGGACUCUCUAAACACUUACAAAACAGCGUCAUCGGGCGACAUGUACGAACAAUAUGGAUACCAAGACUGCCAUAAUCAGAAUCUCGUAAAAACUCCUAGUGACAUAUCCCAGGAUUCGAAUAUUUCAUCGUUCGAAGUCGAUGAUGAAGGUAUCCUUCUCACUGAUAAUGUUGAAGCUGCGAAUUAUAACAAAAUAACAGGCAACUCAAUUUUCGUGCAGAAAAAGGACAUUUCUACCAGUUUCUUGGUGCAAAACGGAUCAUCAUCAGUCAAAAAUUGUUUAAAUCACGCUUCUCAUAAUAAUCGUGUACAGAUUAAAACUCAUUCGAACAUAGAAAGCGAAAAGUUAUGCAUUCGUGAUUCAAAAAACACUAAUUUUUCAUCCUCGUCAUCAAAACAAAUAUUACCUGACAUCCGAAGGGCUUCACCAACAGAGGGCUCUAAACCUACUUAUAGCGUAACUAAUAAAUUAAAACUCAAUUCAACGACGCCCGAACUUCCUCACGCAAAAAAACCCACAUCUGUCAAGCCGACGAGAAGCGUCGACGAGUCUUCCUUUAUUCCUCCUAAAUCUCCGACGCAUGCGUACUCAGGUUCGACACAUCAAUUUUUAGAUUUACUUGAUUUUGCUACCGGCAAAAAGCCAUAUUCUGCAGUCAAAGAUCGCAUUGGGACGUUAAUGAGGAAUGCCAACAGAAAAAAGUGGAGUAGUAGCCAUGGGCCGCGUUGGACAGGAAUAGGAGUGAACAACAUUGUUCAUAAUGUGGAAAAUCGGAGCAAAAAACCGCCGGAACCAGAGCUAAUUAGACGAGGCUGCUUCGUUGCCAAGAAGGGCGUACUAACUGAUUCUGACUUCAAUAAACGGGCUGGUAAAUGGCAACACGAGGUUUCACGUGAUCAUUUCUCUAACCUUCCUCGACUUAGUUCGGCAGAUGAAUUGCGAUCUCACAUCAACGCGCUUAACAGGAAACCGCUUAAAUUUGUACCCAGGUCAAAGAAAGGUUCGGAAGAAAGAUCGCAGCCUGAUAAGAAAAGACAAAAUACGAUGAGUCCGGAGUCUAAAAGCAUUUCUCUCCAGCAAGAUUUGGAUGAAAGUUUCAUUGAUGAUAGAGAAAUGGAGGAACUCGUUGCUAGAAGGGGUCGCAUGACGGUCACCAGUUUGUGUGACAAGCAUGACGCUCCCGAUUUCAACUUCGAUGAGUUCCCGGAAUUGGAAUCUCAUGCCACUGUCAUUUCUGAACAGCAGGAAGCUGAAUACGUCUGGGAGGAAAAUGAAUACUUGGCAGAGAUGGAAAAAUACGAGGAAAUUUUUCAGAGAGCUGCACACGGAGACACAAUUGCUGUUGAGGAGUCAUUUUCGAGUACUUCAAUAAACGAAUUACUUGCUGCAGAAUUUUCUAAUUCGCGUUCCCAGUCUGAACUUGCCGAUUAUUAUUUCCUAGAAGAAGAGUGCGUCAUGCUUUCGCCCUACAGCAAUGAAGCAAAAUUAUACAAGUUGUUAUUUCCAGGUACACGCAUUCCAAUACAAAAUGCAGCAGAAAACAUAGGGGUUCAAUGUUCAAUCGAAGAAAAUGUUCAGGAACUCGACAAAUUCGAGCCGAUUGUUCCAGCAACUUGUGUUGAAAAAAUUGUAGAUGUUGAUGAACCAAAUGAAUGCGCCCUCGUGGAAAAUACCGUCCUAAUACUUACAUCACCUUACACUGAUGAUAUGUGGGUGACAGAAUCGGAGGUUGAAAUUCAGCCUGAGUUUGAAGUAAAAGAACACAGUCCUGAACCCGUGCAUGAUCUUCAGCCCAAUCCAGAGCCUAUACCAGAGCCUGAACCCGAACCUGAGCCGGAGCCAGAACCGGCGCCUGAGCCAGAGCCUGAGCUUGUGUUGGAGCCUCCUAAGCCGGUGAAAGUUAAACGAAAGAUACCAGAAAAAAAGAAAGUGUACAAUCGUAAUUUACUGAAAGCUGUCCAAAUGAACCAAGUGGAUGACAUUCAGCAGAUGUUGUACGAGGGAGCGGAUCCUGACACCAGCUGCAGCAUAGGCACAGUUCUCCACCAAGCUGUUCAGUUGGGCUUCCCGUACGUUGUUCAGCUUUUGUUGUGGGGAGGAGCCGAAACCGAAAUGAGAAAUGAACUAGGAGACACAGCUCUUCAUUUAGCUGCCAUAUCUGGGAACAACGAAAUUGCAUUCAUGUUAGCGGCCCAUGGGUGCGAUGUCGAUGCAUGCAAUAAUUACAACAUUACUCCUCUCCACAUGGCCUUAAGCUACGGGAGUUUAGGAGUCAUCCAAACUCUGGUCAGGAUGAAUGCCGAUCCGCUGUCUCGCGACCGAAUUGGUGACACACCUAGAGAUCUAGCUCGGCAGUUGGGGUACCCGGAGAAUGCGUUAGAUCCGUCGGCCGCUGAAAUAGGUCCAGUUAAAGAAGUGCCAAGUCCGUUACUACUUAUUAACGCAGUAGAGAACGGGUCUUUACAGGGAAUCCAGCAGGCGUUGCUACGUAAAGCUCACCCUGAUACAAUUGUGCCUCUCACUCUUCACUGGCCAGGUCACUCCACAGUGCUACACAGAGCUGCACACUUGGGACUCACCGACAUUGUAACAGAGUUAUUGAAGGCCGGGGCAAAUAUCAAUGCAAGAGACAUGGUGGGCAACACUCCUCUUCAUACUGCAGUCCAAGAUGGACACGAUGAAGUUGUUUCCAUCCUCAUAGAAGCAGGAGCAGAUCUAAACGCCACAACUCAAUCUGGAGUAACACCACUACAUCGCGCAGCUGCUAAAGGGCAUCAAACCACCGCAAACCUCUUACUGAAGAGUGGAGCCAGCGCUUGCGUCAAGGACCACCAAGGCAGAACCCCUUUAGUUUGGGCUCGUCAAAAAGGAUAUGUUAUGCUCGCUCGAAGUUUACAGCAGUUCCUGAGUUAAUAAAUGAUUAAUUUAUGCUGCAUUAAGGUCGUUAGCAAAAUUUUCA